UUGCGUGGCAAACUGGAGAACGCGAGGCGGGGCUUGGGUUGGUUGAGCCGCGAGCAGCAGGAGGGAGGAAGCGGCGAUGGCGAGAGGGAAGCACCGUCCUUCCUGCUCCCGCCGCUGGCCUUGCUAGCCCGAGAGGCCGGUCGGGGAUGGCGGGCCGGCCGCGGCUGCGGCCGCUUUCCUUCUUGCUCCUGCUCUUCUUGGCGGUGCCCUUCGCCGCUUCGGAACAGGAGCCUGGCCAGGACCGGGAGCCGCCGCCGCAACAGGAGCAGCAGAAGCCGCCGCCGCCACAGCAGCCGGCAGUGCAGGGGCCGGAGCUGGCCAGGGCCGAGCAAGGCCCUACUCCAGUGGCUCCAGUCCAUUCUGUUAGUGAAGACUCUAAGGAUAAGACUAACCUGGGAUUUAUCCAUGCGUUUGUGGCUGCCAUAUCUGUCAUCAUUGUCUCUGAACUGGGCGAUAAGACUUUCUUUAUUGCAGCCAUCAUGGCAAUGCGUUACAACCGCUUAACUGUGCUGGCUGGUGCUAUGCUUGCCUUGGGGCUGAUGACAUGUUUAUCAGUUUUAUUUGGAUAUGCGACCACAGUAAUCCCCAGAGUGUACACAUACUAUGUGUCGACAGCACUCUUUGCAAUCUUUGGCAUCCGGAUGCUUCGUGAAGGCUUGAAGAUGAGUCCAGAUGAGGGUCAGGAAGAGCUGGAAGAAGUUCAAGCAGAGCUCAAGAAGAAAGAUGAAGAACUUCAGAGAACAAAACUGCUAAAUGGGCCUGGAGAUGUGGAAACAGGAACAGGCCCCACUAUACCUCAGAAAAAAUGGUUGCAUUUUAUUUCUCCCAUUUUUGUGCAAGCUUUUACUUUAACAUUUUUAGCAGAAUGGGGUGACCGCUCUCAGUUAACCACAAUAGUUCUGGCAGCACGAGAGGAUCCCUAUGGUGUGGCAGUGGGUGGAACAGUUGGACAUAGCCUGUGCACCGGCUUAGCAGUGAUUGGAGGAAGAAUGAUAGCACAAAAAAUUUCUGUACGAACUGUGACAAUCAUAGGAGGCAUUGUUUUCUUAGCAUUUGCAUUCUCUGCAAUAUUUAUAAGCCCAGAUGCUGGUUUUUAACAAGAUAUUUUCCCACGUUCUUGAAAGAGCAAGAAUCAGGAGCAACAAACCUACCCUUGUCUUUGUUUAUAAUGUACAGCUACUUUAGUCGCAAGUGCUCAAGAUGGGAUGUUGAAACUUCUAUAGUAACACUUUUGGUUUCAUGGACACAACUUGUGCUGGAGACUUGCAUAUUCUAUAUAUUUGUGAUGUGAAUAAUGUACAUUUUCCUGUUGUAGCUGGCUCAGCUACAAAGAGAUCCAUCACCUGAAACUUCACAGGACUUCUUCAUCUACACAUCGCCACUAGCCAUCGCUUAAAGAUCCCCUUUCUGGAUGGAUAAAUUGCUGCUGCCCAUGGCCAGCAGAUAUGCCUUACAAACUGUCCAGUACAAAGUAUGAGGGAGAAUCUUUGGCCUCUGACCUUGCAGCCCAAGCUCAUCGCUCCACAAGACAAAUGAGAACCCAGGAAAUAGCUCCUGCUCUUGCCUCAUCAAGAAUUUGUAAAUACUUUGUUGCUGAUAUUGAAGGAGGGAAAAUCAGGAUAUUUUGCUAUGGAGUGUGCUGGCUCAGAACGUAAUGUUUUCAAAUACAAUCCAUCUAGAUAUUUACCAGAACAAAUCCUUUUUUAUAUUAUGCUGAACCAGUUGCUGCAUUUCCAGAUUAAAGUACUUAAAGUAUUCAUAGUUUUUCUUUCUAGCAGCUAAACAUGUAAUUUGGAGAAAUGUGAAUAAACUAGAGGUGUUUCCCAUUUCAGAAAUGCAAUUACUUUUUACUGUUGGCUUAAUUCAGAGAAAAGCAUCUUUGUAUUAUAAGUAAAUUACUUCAGUUUAUUUUAAUAUAGUCUAUGCAAGCAUUUUAACCACCUCCAGUUUCUCUUUAAGGUAAAUAUUUCUGUGGUUUAAAGUGGAUAUAGUAGCAACUUAAAUGUUGCACUGUCAAUACUAUAAUGUAUUUUGCAUUUGAUUGUUUAGAGUUGGAGUAGUCUGACACUGUGUUCUUGACUCUUGACUUCAAACUCUGCUGUGGGACAUUACACUGCUGUGUGGCAAAUAUCUUAACAUACUGACUAAUCUAUAGUGUUAAGCACUAGUUUUAGUCUAGAGUUAAGUAUGGAAAGUACAUCAGUGUUAGGAAACAAAGCAUCUUUCCUAAAGUAGUUUGACAGCAGCCCUUAAAUUUCGUAGAGGUUUAAGCACACCAUGUUAUAGCUGCCAGACAGACCAGAUGUAUAGCCAAAGAGCAAGAAUUGCUGUACAUAAUAGUCCAUCAGGGUGGAAAAAGAUUACUUGAAAAUAAACUCCUUUUGUAAAGGUGA